CGCGACGCGAGGCAACGCAACGCAACGCAACGCAAAGACAAAAACGACGAGACGCGAUACGACGGCAGGCAGGCAGGCAGCGUUCCACAAGCAGCAGCAGCAGCAGCAGCAGCAGCAACAACAAGAACAAUCACUCCACACAACGCAAUAGCACAACAACAACUCCACGCAACGCAACACCACCACCACCAUGUCGUCGCUCCUGGACGCCGCCAGCCUCUCGAACGGCGGCGGGGACAUCUGGUGCACGGGUGGCAUCGGCGGCCUCACCUUUGACUCGCCCCUCCGGGACCUCCUGGACUCGGGGGAGUACACCCUGGAGGAGAUCCUGGCGGAGGACGAGCUCCUCCAGGAGCUCCGGGGGAUCAACCCCCAGCUCAUCGACUUUUUCUCGACCGAGGAGGCCGUCUCGGGGCUCGUCCAGUACAUGGUCCUAUCGCCCUCCAGGAGGGAAGGGGUGCUGAGGGAGGCGGCGGCGAAGGCAGAGGCGAGGACGGAUGCGAAUGUCGAUGUCAAUGCGGCUGCGGAUGUCGAUGCGAAUGCCAAUGUCAAUGCCAACGCCAACGCCAAUGCCAACGCCAACCAGAGCGCCUCCUCGCAGAGCGGGGCCGCGGAUGAAGGGCCGAACGGGGGCGAGAAAGAAGGAGAAAACGGCGAGGGCAGCGGCAACCAAGACAAAGACAGGGGCAACAACGGCAACACCACCGAGGCGGCAAAGGAACCGGGAAAGUGGCUCCAGGGAGAGGAAUUCUUUGGAGACGACACCCCGCGGCAACCCCCGAAAACGAGGCAGGAGCAGGAGGACGACCUCCACUUUCGCUUUCCGUACAUGGCCUGCGAGGUCAUUUCCUGCGAGCUCAAGGGGAUCACCGACCUGAUCAUGGACGGCUUUGUUCCGCUGCUGGACACCAGCGGCGACGAGAACGAGGACCAGGACGACGACCAGGACGACGAGCACCAGAACCAGAACGAGAACGAGAACGGGCACCCAACACGAGCACAACCGGCGAGCAAGAGCGCCAACGGAUCGGCUCCGCUUCUGGCGCUGCCGUCGGCGUCCGACCUCCUCGGCGAAAGCGACGCGAGGGGGAGGCGCAUACUCGACCUCUUGUUCUCGAUGUUCUACGAGCGGGAGGGCCCGGGGGAAGCUUCCGGCGAAAGAACGACCGGGAGCACCCACGAGAGGGGGAGGCCYKUGGUCAUCGACGACUACCGGGCGGGGUACUUUGAAAAGGUCCUGUCGGUCCUCAUCAAGCACCGACCGAACGACGUCGCCGAGUACCUCAACGACGGCGGGGGGAGGGGCAGGGAAACCCUCAUGGCCGCGAUGUUCGACCACCUCUACUCCCACUCCCUCCUGCAGGUCGUCCAGCACCUCCUGAUGCCCACGCACGGCCUCCUUCCGCAGGAGGAGGGGGAGGAACAACACGACGACCACGAGAACGAGUGCGGGGACCUCUUCCACGAUCCCCUCGACGAAGCCCUGGGGGAGCCCCUCGUGCCCUUUCGCUGCAACUGGUCCGAGUCGGGGCCGGCGCUGGAGAUGCUCCUGGAGUGCCUCGUGGGAAAAGACGAAAACAACAACGAAAACGACGAAAACGACGACGACAACGACCGAGGGCUCGACCUCUGCCGGAACGCCUCGGAGGUCCUCAUCACCAUCAUCCAGAACUCCCCCCUCACCUCCCGCACGAUGUGCACGCUCACCUCGGACCCGGUCCUGGAAAAGCUGGUCGAGGCCUCGUCCAAGGGCCCGUGCGCGGGUGCCGCGUUUGGCCGCCACGACAGCAGGCUCACCUGCGCCAUGAACGUCCUCGAGAGCCUCGUCCUGCAGCUMGGCGGCUACGGGUCGGUGGGGACGGUCGUCCCCUGCCCCGGAGGCAGCGGCGGCGACGGCGGCGGCGACGAAAGCGCACCUUUGGGAAACGGAGGGGGCGCUGCAGGGCAAAAAGGUGGGUCCCCUCCUCCCGAACCGCGCUGCGCCGGCCCGGACACCCUGACAAAACACCUGCCGUUGCUGCUGGACUCGCUCGAAGGCCUGCUGACGCACCCGGGCGCGGAGCGAUGGGUGUCCCCGAUGCAGUUCUCGGGGAAGGARCCCCAGCCCCUCCUGGGGGCCUCGAGGCUCCGAAUCGUCCGGCUGCUGGAGUCCCUGGUCCUCCUGGGCAACCCGGGCGUCGAUUCCGUCCUGUGCGGGUCGGGCUGCCUCGAGACCUGCCUCGACCUCUUCUGGGGCUUCCAGUGGUGCUCGAUGCUGCACCAGUCCGUGGCCAACCUCCUGGUCCACGUCUUUGAGGGGAGAAACGCGAGGUCCGACCUCCAGUCCUACUUUCUGGUCCGGUGCAAYCUGCUGGGCCGCCUCAUGUACUCGUUCUGGGAAAACGGCGGCGGGGCCAARGACAUCCUGUCGUCCCCGUCCCUCGUCGGCAACUCGCUCCACGCGAACGAGCAAUCCGAGAGCAUCAUGGGGCAAAAGGACAGCGACAGCGAUCGGUCGGUGCCGAGCGUCCCCUCCUCGUCGUCGUCCUCCUCCUCGUCGCUGGUGGGAGGCGGCGACAAGGACGAAAGCGCUCCCGCUCCGGUGGACGAAACCGUCCUGCCCGUGUCCGACGACGACGUCGACGUAGCAAUGGAACAGCAACAAGAGCAAGAACAAAAGGACGGUGCCGGCUUUCCMGGGUUCGGACCGGCGGCAGCGGAACCGAUCGACGAGGCGAACCACGGAAGCUCCAUUGUGAGCAACGGUCCACCCRUGGGGGAGGGGGACGGCAAGCCCAAGAGGCCGUUUCUUCGGCUUGGCUACAUGGGACACGUCAUCAUAAUAUGCCAGGCACUGGUGCAGGCCUAUACAAAAGAGGAAGGCGACGACGACGACGGCGGCGGCGGCGACAAUCCCGCGGACGGCCUUGGAGGURCCGAGGGACCACCGGAACGGCCGGACGGGGAUUUGUCGUCGAACCCGGCCGAGCCGCCGGAGAAAAGCCGUCUCGCCCCGAAUAAUAGCGAUAGUGCCCCCCCGUCCGAGGCACUGGUGCUGGAACAACUCAUCGAGCAGCACCCCCUCGGAAAAAUAUGGCACGAUUUUGUGGCAACCACGCUGGCUGCCGAAUUCGCCCUGCAGACCACACCCCUCGGCGGGUUCCAGGCCUCGACCCUGGGAACGGAUCCGCUCCACAUGCACCGGCCCGGACUCGAAGACAGCGGUGGAUUUGACUACGACGAGGACGACGAUGGAGGAGCCCUCUCGCUGCCGCAGAGAGGGGGAUUGCUGGUGGACGGAGACCUCAUCGACAUGGACGACAACGAUCUCGAGGUCGCGGCCAGCAUGAUGGCGGGCCUGAACCUGACCGGUUCCGGUGGGGACGGCCGGGCACAGCCGAGGRCACCCCAGAGCGGGUACCUGUUCGACGACCCCCUCGGCGGCGGUGGCUUUGGAAACUUUGGCAACGACGACGACGAGGACGACGGAAGCAACGGCGGCAGCAGCAGCAGCGACGAGGAAGGGGACAACGUCAUGGACCUUUUCACCGGCAACCUCGGCGACCAGGAUCAUUUUGCCGCCAACUUUGAGGCGAAUUUUGACGAUGCCUUUGCGGACGUGUCGAGCGAUGGCGGUGAAAACGGACCGGACGAGGAUCGGAACACCCUGGACAACCUGUUUGGGGACGUCAGGGGGCACGACAUACUACUGGACGACUUUGAGAAACCACCCGGGAACUGAUUGUUCGACGAUCCCACUUUCUUGGACGGGGAGCUUACCACCGGAGGAGGACGGUCUCGGACCCUGUGCUACWCGAAGYGUGYACGGCGGUAUUGUACAGCACUGUGUACCCGUGCUUGAUGAAAUAAAUUACACUAAUCAUA